GGCAAACCUGGUCAGAGAAAUGGAAAAAAAAUAUUCAAAGAAAUAGUGAUUGAAUCACUCUGUUUUGCAUUUAUAAAUUACUAAAAUUGAACAGAUCAAACAACUCACAAUUCACAACUCAGAGAGGUUUGACAAAUUUUUUGUGCAGAAUCGAGAUGGCUUAUGAAGCUCUUGAUAACCUGCAACAAACCUUAGAUCAGAUCCUAGAACACCGCGACGAUCUCCUCACUCAUUCUGCAAAACAAGAAAUCAUAUCCAUCCGCUACCAAUCUGUUGUGUUGCAAUUGAAUCUCAAACAUUUUCCAAACAAAGAGAGAAUCAGAGAGGCAGCAAGUAAGACACAUGCGAUUAUUGAAUACCUCUUCUCUGAUAAAGAGAUAAAGCCGGCAGUCAGACUUGCAAUCAGGCUGAAUGAAUUAGCAGCGCGACUGGAGUCAAUCGUUGGAGACGUGGUGGAUUACAUCAAGCUGGGCAACGACUCAAUCAGCAGGGUAACUGAUUCUGCAGAUGUUAGUUCAUCAUCAAGAUCAGCAAUCGCAAGCAGCAAAGAUGAUGACGUUGUUGUUGGUUUUGGAGACGACGUGGGAGUGAUCAGACGUCGGCUUUUAUGGGGAACGCACACACUAAAGGUCAUCCCCAUUGUUGGAACAGGAGGCAUUGGUAAGACCACACUUGCUAAAAUUGUUUAUAAUCAUGCAUCCGUUGUCGAAAAUUUUGAUAUCUGCGCCUGGGUCACAAUAUCACAAGAUCAUAGCGUAGAACAUAUUGUGCUAAAUCUGCUAGCUUCCAUGAAAGAAAUUUCAUCAGUAAGAGAUGCAGAGAGCGACGUUCCUAUAGAGUCCUUAAUUCGCAAGCACUUGGAGCUUAGCAGGUAUCUUAUUGUAAUGGACGACAUGUGGAGUAAGAAAGCUUGGGAUGAUGUAAAGAGUUUGUUUCCUGAUGGUCGUAAUGGAAGUCGGAUCAUAGUGACCACAAGGAUGCAGGAUGUGGCUGAUUAUGUCAGCUCCUCUGACGAUGUUCAUACUAUGAGUUUGUUGAAUGAAUAUUAUAGCUGGAAUUUGCUAAAGCAGAAGGUGUUUGGAUAUAAAAGGAUUCCUAUUGAAUUGGAAGAUAUCGUGAAGAAAAUUGUUCAAAAUUGUGGAGGGUUGCCCCUUUCAAUUGUGGUGGUGGCAGGACUUCUAUCUAAGGUUCAUACUCGAUCCUCAUGGGAGCAAAUUGCUGCAAAUGACGGGCAACUUGAGACAAUAAUCUGUUUAAGUUAUACUCAUUUACCUGAUCACUUGAAGUCGCGUCUUUUAUAUAUGGCUGGCUUUCCAGAAGAUCAGGAGAUUCGUGUUACGGAACUUGUUAAUCUUUGGAUAUCUGAAGGUUUUGUAACAUGUUCAGAGAAUGGAUCUGAAAGCUUGGAAGAGGAUGCCGGAGAUUGUUUGGAGGAUCUUGUCGAGAGAAGUCUAGUUCUGGUCACCAAAAGGAAGUUUGAUGGGAAAAUCAAGAGUUGCAGCCUUCAUGAUGUUGUGAGGGAAUUUUGUGUAAGGCAGGCUGCGAAAGAGAAGGUAAUUCUUUCUGUUAUGGAUUACUUACCUACUCCUAUCCUGCGAAAGCAUUUUGUUCCACGUCUCAUAAAAGAUCAUCAUAGCAUAAGUGCUAGCUCGUAUGAUCUACAUCUCAAAGACUAUGUGCAUAGCUCACACAUCCGCACCAUAAUAUGUAUUCCGAGGAAAGGGUAUAGAUCUGAGGGCAUUGUAGAGAAGUUUAGUUCACUGAGGGUCCUUCAUGUUUUACGUAGAAAUAAUCAUUGGGAUUGGGAGCCAGGUCAAGUCUUCGAUCUCGUUCAUUUAACUUACCUUGCUUCCAACAUUCCCAAUAGUAUUGUUCCUUCAGCCAUAUCAAAGCUUCAGAAUCUUCAGACUUUAAUUAUUUAUAGAUCUGAGGUUCGUUUGCCCACGGAGAUUUGGAGGUUGCGACAGUUAAGACAUCUUAUUGCCUUCUCAUUUCAACCCUUACCCUACCCAGACCCUAAAGGGGAAAACAUUCCCCUUCAGAACCUGCGGGAACUUUCACUUGCAACCGACUUCCUGUGCAAUAAAAGAAUGCUGGAAAUGAUUCCAAACGUUGAAAAGUUGGGAAUAUGUUAUUCCAGGGAGAAGUUUGACGCGGAUACGCGCUAUCGCCUCAACAAUCUUAAAUAUCUAUGUCAACUCGAGAAAUUGAAAUUGGAGAUGCACGUAGAUUUUUCAUGUAUAGAAAUGGAAUCGGAGAUGCGUGCACAUGGAGAUUUUUCAUUUAGAGGUCUAAACUUUCCAUCGCAGUUGAGAAGGUUAACCUUGAGUGGUUGGAGGCUUUCUUGGGGUGAUAUGACAACCAUUGGUUCAUUACCAAAUCUUCAAGUGCUUAAACUAAGAAACUAUGCUUGCAAAGGCAUUCACUGGGAGACAUGUAAGGGGCAAUUUCGUGAGCUGAGACUUCUGCUAAUCGACGGAUCACAUUUGGUUGAUUGGAUAACCGAAAGCAGCCACUUUCCGAAACUCGAGUGCCUAAUGCUCCGCCAGUGUCCUAGUCUAUAUAAGAUUCCAAGUAGUAUUGGAGACAUUCCAACACUUAAACGGAUUGAGGUUGAUGAUAAGUCGUCCGAAUAUCUUCUGAGAACCAAAACAUUUCAAGUUCGUGUGAAGCGGUCCUGAUAAUAAGCUCCUCUUUUGACAAUCAGAGCCGUGUCAAAGCUCUAUCAGCGAAUUAGAGAUAGAAGGAAAGAGAGUUACCGAUUUAAUUAUCUUCUUUGUGAGAUUGAGAAGAGAGCAGCAGGAGAUGAGGGUGCGCACGGCGGUGGCGGUGGCGGUGGCUGUGGCAAUAAUGUGCAGCGAGAAGUGUCGCCGGAGAUGGAGGCCGUGCCUCCAAAAUCAAGAGCAGGUAGGCUCUUUUUUAUUCUUAGACUUGGGCCUUUUGCUUUAUGUUUUUAUUGGGCUUUAGCCCACUAAGGCUGAUAUUUCAGUCCACAUAGCUUGUGAUUUGUGAAAACUAAGGAGGUGAAAUACUUUCUAUAUAUAUAUAUAUCUAUCUAUUAUAUAUAUUGAUAGUCCUCAAUACAUAAAUUGAUAG